AUGGCCACAAAGAGGAUAAUCGAAGUUACAUCCUGGAGUAGACCAGAUCCCAAUCUGAAUAAUACUCCUGGACCUUUAGAUAGGAAAACUAGAAUAUCAAGGUGCAGCCUCAAGUCAAUUGCGAACAGAUACUACAGAUGGCAUCCAGAAAACCAAUUUGCAUCUAAUCACCUCAAAAUAUCCUCCUCAUUGACAAGUACAAGGUCGUGCGCAGUAACAGCAAUACCACAGCCCAAAAGACUCAUGGCGAUCACGAACACCCCAUUUAAGAAGCGACAAAAUUCAAGACCCGGAUUUCAUGAAAAACCAUUCACUACCACGCGCCUCGCUUUCAAAAAAGUAUUCAUUGUGCAAUAUGGCCCGGAUCAGCACGCGCUCUACGAAGUAUCCGAGUGA